AUGUCAGAGAAGCAAGAAAUCAAGAUCGAAAGCGCCGAGCAAUUCGACGCAGAAAUAAAAAAAAUACAGGAGAUAUUUCAAGAAAAAGAAUCUGAACACACCUGGCAAGGAUUUGAUGAGGCAUUGAGUCGGCUAACCAUAAUGAUACAAAAUGGUGCAUACAAAUACGAGAGCUCAUUUCUUCACGGAUUAAAGGUUUUGCGAAAAUCUAUUUUAAAUUCGUUACUCACAGACAGAACGCGUCUGUCUGGAACUGCUGUCGAAUUGAUUGAAGAAAUUGCCAAAGCUUUAGGUCCUAAAUUUCAACCUAUGGCAGACACAUACGUUGCAGCCAUAUUGAAACUGUGUAUGCGCACGAACAAAAUAUUCAUCACUAGAGCCCAAAAGUGUAUGAUUGGUAUCAUUAAAGUUUCUUAUAUUCCCGCCGUCAUUCCGAAAUUCAGGGAAGCUUUACAGGAUCCAAGCAAGAAUUUACGGGCUUGUGCGGCUGAGUUUAUUCUUGCUAGUUUGGAAGCGAACGAUGUGGGUAGUUUAACUGAUUAUAUCGACGAUUUGGAAUUGGCAAUACGAGAAGGAGCUAUCGACUCGACGCCCGCCGUAAGAGCGACGACAAAAAAAACCUUCGAGGUCUACAAGCUUAAAUUUGACCUAAGGUUACAAGACUUCGUCGAUACAUUACCAGGAACGACAAAAAAGUAUCUUGGUAUACAGGAUAAACAACCACCAAAGCCAUUCCGACCGCCCCUGCGCAAAGCGUAUUCAUAUGCGCAGGCCAAGGAGAACCCGCAACCUCUUUCCCAGACUGCGCCUAGUACGAUAAAUAAAAGAGGUGUAACAGGCGGCGCACAGAGAGUGAAAUCAAAGGAGUCUAAUGCUGAAGAGAAGACAAAAGUUAGGAGGGCCUUUACUAAAUAA